AUGACCCCCAUUGACAUCCCUCAGAAGGGGCCUGUUGCUCCCGUCGAGAAAGUCGACCCCGCAACUCUCUCCAAAUUCCAGCAGCUCUGCUUGAGGUCCCAGCCCCUGAUGCUCUACGUCGUCUCUCUCGCUCAAUUCCUCGACAUUGUUAACGGUGCCAGUAUGACCGUUGCAAUGUUGCCCAUUGCCAAAGAGCUGAAGUUUGAGACGCAGCAGCAGCAAUGGCUCAUUAGUUCCUAUGCGUUAUCGUUCGGAGGCUUGCUUUUGAUCGCUGGCCGCAUGGGUGAUUUGUUUGGACAUCGUCGUGUUUUCUUGGGUGGCCUGUUCUGGUUCGGAAUCUUUUCGCUCGUCAACGGUUUCUCCAAGACUCCUGUCAUGUUGUGCAUCUCCAGAGCUCUUCAGGGCAUUGGUGCUGCAGCUCAAAUCCCUACGGCCCUUGCCCUGAUUGCCAUCAAGUACCCUGCCGGUGAUGAACGUACCCGUGCCCUGUCAGUCUUUGGCGCAAUUGGAGCUAUGGGAGCGGUGACAGGAUUGUUGCUUUCGGGAGCAUUGACAUCGACGAUCGGCUGGCAGUGGAUCUUCUUCAUCUCGGCCAUCAUGAGCGUCAUCCUCUUCUUCCUCGGCCUCUUCGCCAUCCCCCAGACCAGCGGUCUCCACGGCGAGAACCCCAGGAUUGAUAUCGGCGGCUCCUUCACCGCCACCGGAGGAAUCGUCUGUGUCAUCUACUACAUCUCCGCUGGCGUCGAGACCGGUUGGGCCAGUGUCCAGACUCUUCCAGUGCUCUGUGUCGGUCUUGUCCUCCUUGCGAUCUUCGUUGUGAUUGAGAAGAAGAUCUCGUACCCUAUCAUGCCCUUCCAUGUCUGGAAGCACCGUGCCUUCUCGACCAGCUUCGUGUUGAUUUUCAUCAUGCAGGCCGUCUUCCAGGGGUACCUUUACUUUACGACGUUGACGUUCCAGGAGGUUAUGGGAUAUAGCAUUAUGCGCACUUCGUUGUCAUACCUCGUCCAUGGUUUGACGGCGAUGGUCUUCUAUUCGAUCUUGGGUCGCCUCUUGCCCAGGUUGCCUCUCAAGCCCAUCAUUGCGAUCGGAUUCAUCUUUUUGGGCGUCUCCUCCCUGAUGUUUGCGUUCGUCACCGAGAACAGCACCUACUGGGUCCUCCCCUUCAUCUCCCUCAUCUUCAACGUCCUCGGUCUGGGAAUGGUCAUGCUCCCCGCCCAGAUCACCGCCCUCCGCGACGCCUCGGAUGACGACCAAGGAGUCGUUGGUGCCAUCUACAACGUCGGACUCCAGAUCGGUGCCCCCUUUGGCUUGGCCAUCCUCACCGUCAUCUCUGGAAAACUCAACGGCGACCAUAAGGGCGAGCGAGUUGGAGGACCCAUCAACAUGCGCGGAUACAAGUAUGCCCUUCUGGGAGACGUCGGACUUGCAGCUUUGGGCUUUGUCUUGACGUUGGUCUUCUUGCCCUCGGCCAAGCCUACCAAGGCCGAGAGCAAUGUCCCUGCGUCUUUGGAGGAGGCUGGUGUUGCCGCGUCGUCGGUCAAGGAUCAGGAUAAGGAGUCUGUCACGACCGAUGUUGGUGUCCCUACUGACUUCUCCAAGGCCGAGUAUGUCGAGGAGGGUCAGCUGCCUGGCAAGACUGAGUAUAUCGAGGAGCAGCUUGGUGGAAAGACGGAGUACCACCAGGACGGUCAGGAAUUGAACUCUCCCCAAAUGGCCGAGGAAAUCAUCAAGGCCGGCGCCAAAGUCCAGUACUAA